AUGCCAAAGGAAGAAGCUGAGAGUCUCCUGCAGAAGCUGCUGCUGCAGCUGCUGCUGCAGCUCAAAGCAGCAGACAAGAAGCAGCAGCAGCUGCUGCAGCAGCAUCUCGAUGCAGCGCAUGCAGCUCUUGUUGAAUUGGAGGCGAGGAUCUAUGUUCUGCAGGAGGAGCAGCACAAGCUCUGCCAGUCUGAGGAUUUGCUGCCGGAGCACAUACUGCAGCAGCUGCGACGAGCAGCAGCAGCAGCAGCAGCAGCAACAGCAGCAAACAACAGCUCUGCUGCAAGUGUAUGCACAACAGCAGCUUCCUCCAGCCUUCGAGAAACAGCUAAAAGGACCAGAGAGAGGAUGAAGGAAGUUUCGCGUCAGCUUGAGGCGGCGCAGCAGCGUUGGUGUGAGUUGCUUGCUGCGGAGUCAGUUGAGCAGCAGCAGCAGCAGCAGCAGCAGCAGCAGAUAGCUGCAGAGCUGCAGCAAGUGGUGCAGCAGCAAACCUUCUCUCUGCGUAAAUCCUUCGAUGAGCAGCAGCAGGGGCUGGCCUUCUACUCUCGCCUACAAGGCUUCCUGCAGCAGCUGCAGCAGCACCAGCAGCAGCUUCUUACUGAUAUGCAUGCAUGCAUCCGCUCGAUCCACCAGCAGCAGCAACAGCAGCAGCAGCAACAGCAGCAGCAGCAGCUGGAACUUCAGCAGCAGCAGCAGCAGCAGCAGCAGCAGCAACAGCAGCAGCUGCUGCAGAAACUGGCUCUCCAGCAGCAGCAAAGGAACUCUAUCAGCCCCACCCAAAUCCCCCCUUGGCCUAAUGUGGAUUCUCUAAGCACAAGAAGCGGCCGCAGCAGCGUCGGCAGCAGCAGCAGCAGCAGCAGCAACAGCAGCAGCAACAGCAGCAGCAGCAACCCGCCACCUGCUGCUAACUGGCGACGGUGUAGCAGCGGGCCCCUCGUCCUCCCUGGAAGCCAUCCGAGGCGGCUGAGCAGCAGCAGACACAAGCAGCAGCCUGCUGCUGCUGCUCCUGCUGCUGCUGCUGCUGCUGCUGUUCCCUCAGGGCGUCAGCCAUCGUUUCCAAGCCCCGAGAGCAGCAACAGCGGCAGCAGCAGCAAACCCCGUGCAGCAGCAGCAGCAGAAAGCAGCAACAAAUUCAGCAGCAGCACAGGCGCCUCCUUCGCGCUCGUGCAUUCACCUAUAAGGCCCCGUAGCAGCAGACACAGCACGCCAUCCACAGGCAGCAGCCCAGCAGCAGUAGCAGCAGCAACAGCAGCAGCAGCUGCAGCAGCAGCAGCAGCACCAGAAGGGCCGUGUGACAGCCCCCCUUUGAUCGCCCCUGAGAUAGGGACGGUCUUCGGGGGGAGCCCCGAAACCCUCGGGGGUUCAUGGACACCAACUGCAGCAGCAGCAGCAGCAGCAGCAGCAGCAGCAGCAGCAACAGCAACAGCAGCAGCAGAACCAGCAGCAUGCAGCAGCCAACCGUGA